GAUAAAGCUGUGGCUGAACCAGUAAGUCGACUGCUGGAAUCAACCCUAAGAAGCACCCAUAUGCCAAGUCGGAUUGGAGCUCUGCAUGGAAUUCUUUAUAUCCUUGAGUGUGACUUGCUUGAUGAGACAGCAAAGCAACUCAUUCCAAUUAUCAGCGAGUAUCUGCUCUCUAAUUUGAGAGGAGUAGCACAUUGUGUGAAUAUCCAUAACCAACAGCACAUCUUGGUAAUGUGUGCAGCUGCUUUCUAUUUGAUUGAGAAUUACCCACUUGAUGUAGGGCCUGAAUUCUCUGCAGGAAUUAUACAGAUGUGUGGAGUCAUGGUGUCUGGAAGUGAUGAAUCAACACCAUCCAUUAUUUAUCACUGUGUUCUGAGAGGAUUAGAACGACUCCUUCUUUCAGAGCAGCUUUCCAGGCUGGAUAGUGAAUCGCUCGUUAAACUGAGUGUUGACAGAGUGAAUGUGCAGAGCCCCCACAGAGCCAUGGCAGCACUUGGAUUAAUGCUGACUUGCAUGUACACAGGAAAGGAAAAAAUCAGCCCCAGUCGUACCACAGAUGUAAAUCCUGCCGCUCCUGACAGUGAAUCUGUGAUCGUAGCUAUGGAACGAGUAUCUGUCCUUUUUGAUAGGAUCAGGAAGGGAUUUCCUUUUGAAGCUAGAGUAGUGGCUCGGAUCCUUCCACAGUUCCUUGAUGAUUUUUUUCCCCCACAAGAUGUGAUGAAUAAAGUUAUUGGAGAAUUUUUAUCCAAUCAACAACCUUACCCACAAUUCAUGGCAACAGUAGUUUAUAAGGUUUUCCAGACACUACAUAGCACUGGACAGUCCUCAAUGGUCCGUGACUGGGUGAUGCUGUCUCUCUCUAAUUUCACACAAAGAACACCCGUGGCAAUGGCAAUGUGGAGUCUUUCCUGUUUUUUUGUCAGUGCUUCCACCAGUCAAUGGAUUUCAGCAAUUCUUCCACAUAUUAUCAGCAGAAUGGGAAAAUCUGAGCAAGUGGAUGUUAACAUCUUCUGUUUGGUGGCCAUAGACUUUUACCGACAUCAGAUAGAUGAAGAAUUAGAUCGAAGGGCCUUUCAGUCGGUGUUUGAGGUGGUAGCAUCUCCAGGAACCCCAUAUCAUCGCCUACUAACUUGUUUGCAAAAUGUCCACAAGGUCACAGCAUGUUGAACAUCCUGAUGUGUAAUGGAACUGCAUGACUAGUAUUGGAAUCCGAUAUGAAAUAUGGGGAAUGCAAGAUCAAGAAAGUAUCCGGGGUUGCAUUUGUGAUAAAUAUGGACCUGCCACUUUUACUUCCAGAAUGCAUGGACGAGUGCUCUGCAGCACUGGAGAUCACCUGAAAAGUCUAGUGUAGUUGUUGUUGACACCAGGCACAUGAGAGGGGAAAGAAAUACGUCAACAUUUUUCAGGUGGUGUUUGGGACUAACCUGAGACACAUUUACUAACUGUAAGAUAUGAGCAAGUACUACGAUGCAAGGUAACUGGUAUUACUCUUCUUCCUAAUGUUCAGCUGAAGCCACUGUAUUGCAGCCGGUAAGAAGCUGACAGAACCACUGUUACUGCAAGCUGCAGUCCUUAGAAAACAUCAUAGUUUUAUGUACCUGUAUAUACUGUUGUGUAGUA